AUUUUACUCAGCUCAAAGUAACACGUUUUUAGCGUUCCUCUGCUCUGCUGAAUGCUCUUGCCUGCAAUGCUAUUCUUCAGUUUCACUCCAACACAUUAGGUGGCAGCAUUGUUAGUGGCGCGCUCACCAGUGAGUGUUUCGGGUUAAUUCAAAAUGGCUGCGCCCUGAGCAUUAGUUGAAGGUGUCUGCUUUGAGCAUUGAAUAACGGGAAGGUACGACGGACGGAUAGACGGCGUUCCAUACAGAACGGGAUGUCCAAGAUCUCCAAGGCCGUGAAGAAGGUGGACAUGGAGGGCGUGAUCCGGGCCAUCGUGAGGUUAGGACAGGCGGCUCCCGGACCUCCUCUGGGUCCUGUCCUGGGACAGAAGGGCAUCCCUAUUGGCCAGUUCUGCUAGGACUUCAACGAGAAGACAGAAGAGCUCAAGGAAGGAAUCCCUCUGCCCAUCCAGAUUCAUGUUAAGCCUGACAGGACGUAUGACCUGAAGAUCGGCCAACCCACAGUGUCUUACUUCCUCAAGCAGGUGGCUGGCAUCCAGAAAGGGGGCCAGUAAAACCGGCAAGGUUUGGACAUUCCGGGAGGGUGUCUGUGGAGGGCUGUGUAUGAGAUCACUCAGGUCAAGGCACAGGACGAGGCCUUGAAGAUGCAGAAUGCUUCCUUAGAGACGGUCGUCAAGAGCAUCAUCGGUUUGGCUCGCUCGUUGGGCGUUGAGAUCGUCAACGAUUUAUCGGCAGAGGAGUCUAACACUUUCCUGGAGGAGAAGGAGAGGCUGAGAGCCGAGGCUGCAGCCGAAGCAGUCAGUGAAGAAGAAAUGAGGACCACCCCAUAUCCUACAUAUGCAUUUAUACUGACCCUGUACUGUACACAUACAACUCACAUACACACGUUCUGUCAUAACUGUCAUUUACAGUAGAUCUGUAUUUCUUAGCAAAAUAAACUUGUAUGAUUUUAAGUGUAGUUGAGUGUGUUUUUAUGCCAAUUUUCUCAACGAGAUUCAUGUUUUCUCUAGAGUUUAUUAAAUACAAACAAUGUGCAGAAGAUGAUUUAAGGAAUGUAUCUCAUCUCUCAAUAUUGGCAUCAAACCAAGCUGUAUUAAAGGAAUUUGUUAUAAAAA